ACGUGGUGAAAUGUCAGUUGUCAAUCGAUGCGGGUUGUAAAUUUUUCUAAACCAAACGAUAGUGAUUAUUUUUGUACUUAGGCUGUUUGGGAAAUUAAUCUUAGUAAAAUGCUUUUCUCACCAAUAUUUUUUACGAUAUUUAUGACGUUACUAAACGGCAUAUUCUCCAAAAGCGUUGAACUUACCUUCGAGUUACCUGACAGCGCAGUAGAAUGUUUUUACCAAGAAAUAGAAAAGAAUACGUCUGCGGCGUUAGAAUAUCAAGUAAUUACCGGAGGACAGUAUGACGUUGACGUUAAGAUAGAAGGUCCCAACAAACAAAUUAUUUACCAACAGCAAAAAAUGCAAUAUGAUUCACAUCAGUUCACCGCUCAAGUCGCAGGCAUAUACAAAGUCUGCUUCAGCAAUGAAUUCAGUACAUUUUCUCACAAACUUGUGUAUAUGGAAUUGAAUGUGGGCCCCGAGACUCCAUUGCCUGGUAUUGGUGACCAUGCAACUGUUCUUACACAGCUGGAAACUUCUGCAGAAGAAAUUCAUUCAGCGCUCAACAGAAUCAUUGACCACCAAACUCACCACAGGUUAAGAGAAGCUCAGGGUCGCAAGAGAGCAGAGGACCUCAACGAAAGAGUAUUCUGGUGGUCUAUGGGCGAAUCUCUAGCAAUUGUUUGUGUAGCAUUUGCACAAGUUAUGGUUCUUAAGAACUUCUUCAGUGACCGACCUACAUUAUACAAUAGAAUGUAAUACUUAGUUCAAUAUAUAGUUUAUUUAUUAAAACAUCUUUGGGAUUUA